CGUGCAGAUAUGUUGUGAAUGCGCGUCGCACCUGACUGACUUGCCUCCGGGUGCCGUAUACCGAUACAUGCUAGUUCGUUCGGUAUAAAGAGCUUACACCGGCGUGUAUAGCUGACAGGCUGUGUAUUGUUUUGAACUGCGUGCAGUGCGCGCCUUCCUGUGAACCUUCUGUUGUCGCGAGGCGAGGAACUCGAAGGCCGGCGAUACUUUUGGGUGAUCGAAUAGGAGUGUGGUGGCUCUGUGCGCUGAGUGAGGAAGGAAACGGCCACCGUCGAUAAUGGAACAGGACGAGCUGGAAGAACUCAAGAGCGAAUUGCAAGUACUAAACAUCAAGAUCAAGGAAGGACAACAGAUGGCCGCUGACAAGACAUUCCAGGAAGCACUCAAGGACAUCGAGAAAGAGGCCAAGUUCCGGGUCAAGCAACGCCGCGUCCUCAAAGGACACAUCUCGAAAGUGACCUCAGCGCACUUCUGUGGAGACAGCAAGAAGGCGGUGUCGGGAUCGCUAGACGGCAAACUCAUCAUCUGGGAUGUAUUUUCGGGAAACAAGAUGCGCGUCAUUCCACUCCGCUCCAGCUGGGUAAUGGCGUGCGCGUACGACGAGCUAGGCAACUACGUGGCCGUCGGAGGCAUGGACAACAUGUGCACCGUCUACGACCUGCGCGGCACCAACGCCAAGGUGCAACGAGAGCUCGCCGGCAUGGAUGGAUACCUGUCCAGCGUGCGUUUUCUCGGAGACUCGCAGGUCAUCACCGGCUCGGGAGACACGAAUGUUGUCCUGUGGGACUUGGAAAGGGGGCAGAAAGUCGUGACGUUCGAGGCUCACGAGGGUGACGUCAUAACUCUGUCCUUGAGUCCCGACAAAAAGACCUUCGUUACCGGAUCUGUGGACAACACAGCACGGCUCUGGGACAUCCGCCAGAAGGAAUGCCGCCAGACGUUUCGGGAACACGAAGGUGACGUCAGCUCGGUCUGCUUCCACACCGGUGGUAACGUGUUCGCGACGGCCUCGGAAGACAAGUCGUGCAGGCUGUUCGACGUGCGCAGCGACCAGCAGCUGAGCCGCUACCAGAACCCGCGCGAGUCGUCCGCCUUCACGAGCUGCGGCUUAUCGCUCUCCGGAAGGCUGCUCUUCGCCGGCGCCGACGACCACGACGUCCACGUCUGGGACACCCUGUCCACGCGUAGAGUCGGUGCCCUGACCGGCCACGAGAACAAGGUGACGGCCCUCACCAUCAGCCCCGACGGUGCGGUGGUGGUGACUGGUUCCUGGGACUCGAGCGUCCGUGUGUGGGGCUGAACGACAGCGUUACUCGAGCAGAAACACCCUGCUACACAACCUCACGAGGCGGGCAGCUCUGUGAACGCGUACGUUCAUACAACACGGUACUCGGGGUGUUUCCAUACGGUCUUGAAAAGUUGCAUUAGGAUACUCGCUGGCAACCACGACAUGCAGACCCAGCUCGUUUUACGCUUCGAGGUGUAACGGCAUGUCCGACGAAUCUAUUUUGAUUCUUAAGCAAUUAACUUCCUGCUUCGAGAAAGAAUUCAGACCACGGUCCAGUUCGUGAGACAGCUGCCCCAUUUACAGUCACCAUCUGGCUGCUAGGGGAGAGAUGUAAUGCUCAAUAGUCUGGCGAAUGAGAAAGGGUUUACAAUUGGCCACCAACCUAAGUCUACAUAGGAGUACGCACCAACAGGGAGCCUGCUCGUGAAAAGAAAAUUGAUCGAAAUCCUAAGUUUAAGAUAUUUCCUCUAGCUGGGGCAGAAAGACUGGUAACUUGUGCAUUCGCUUUUGACUAUGUUCGCUCCUGGGCUGGCACAGCGAGGGGGCCAGGGAGCCUCCCCGUACGUAGCCACCACUAGCGCGGGUCCUGUGAAUGCCGUAAAGAUGGGCCGGCCGCCGGAGCACACACGUACAGCAGGCAUUGCGAAAUUGAUCGUAAAUCCGCCGCAGCGGUCAACAAAGCGAGAGAGUGCACACUGAAUGGUCACUUUUAAAGGAGCCCUUCAACACGUUCUGCGCAUGGUCAGAAAACGCUGCCGUCUAGGCUCCGGAGAACAUGCGAUCCGAACACUGCAGAACAGUUCGCCGCCUGGACUUCGAAGUUGAUUUUCCCAAGUCAGCUACACACAGCUUACUCGCAAAUGAUGGCACUUGCCGAAAUUACCCAUGUCCACGACCGUUAGCCGAUUUAAGCAUCGUGAGCUGCAUGGUUACCGCGUCCGCCGCGAAUGCCGCCACUGUGCCCGCACCAACUGAAAAUAGGCUGCGCGUUCGCAGAUAAAAAUGUGCUCACGAUCGUGACGCGCGCUGACGAAUUCCUUCAGCUCAGCUUGUACUUGACAGAUUCCAUUUUUUUUUUUUUUUUUUGCGGCGUGCGGUUCGUGAAGUGUCAGGUGCUAAUGGUGAUCCUAUUCCAUUAUAACUCGGAGUACUGCAGGGCCCCUUUAACAUGUGGAGCUGAAACUGACAACACUCAAGAACUUGAGAAAAUACAACUUGCAGUGAGACAGGAAAAGAUAGCUGUAACUUAAGAAAGCGGGGAGACAGCGGAAUCAGUUUAGAUGGUGGUAGCCGAUGCUAUAGCUAACAUUACCAAAUAAACCUGGGAAGGCCACAUAAUGCACAAGACAGAACACAGGUGAUCAGUUAGAGCAACAGAAUGGAUAACAAGGGAUGGGAAAUGCAGGCUACGACAGCAACGAGUAAGAUGGAGCGACAAAAUAAACAAGCUACAAGACAUAAAACGAAGCCACCUCACUUAAGGAUCAUUGGGAGAGGUGUUCAACAUAACUUGAGGACGACGAUCUGUCUUGUCCAAGAAGUUGCGUGCUGGGUUCAAACAAGAUACCUCCAACCCGAUAUUGAAGCACUCAUCCAGGUUCAUUAGCUUUGCUAGUGUAUGAAAGCUACUUCAAUAAGAGAACUGCAAUCCAUUCUUGGUACAGCAUGCCCUUCACUGUACUUAGUUCAUUUCACUUUGUGUUCCUGAAUAGUGAAUGCCUUCUUGUGGUCUUCAUACAACAUCUCAUAAGUAUAACUAUGCAGUUAAAGAUGCAGUGACAGGAGGUAAUAUUGCUGCAGUACAGUUCAGCUAAAUAAAGACACAUGGAAACACUUAACUGUUACCCGAAAUGUAUACCACGCAGCUGCAAGAUCGUUUAGUGGAACCCUAACACAUUUGCGGACUGCGGCAAGUGAGACAUGCGACACGGAAGGAUGGUGUUUUGUACGUAAAGACAAACAGCUUUAUUGGACAAGUUAAAUAACAUACACAAGGAAACUGGUUUCACAAACAAGACUGAAAGCUACAUACUGAAAUAAGACACACAGGCUGACCAGGUGUCCAAUAAAACACCCGGCAACAUCUUUCCA